UGCUAGGCGUCGUCACGUGAUCAGUCCUCUCAUAUAUAUGAGACCAGAGACUGUGAUCAGGUCAGUACUAGCCGGACAGGUGACGCACACUCAACUCACUCUCAAGUGCACACUCUUCUUCCUUGAUAAGAAACCAUGAACUUGUGUCUCUUCUUCCUGACGGUGGGGUGCCUGGUGACCCCCUGCAUGGCACAAGGACUUUCCUGGCUCUUCAGACGCCUCCAUAAAGCAGGUCGCCAUAACAUCCGCGACAUCAGUGGCGGCCGUCACAACUCCCAUCAACUGACGACAGAUCAACCCUUCGACUUCUACAAACACUUGCGUCUGUGCACCAACGACCGCGUGUGUGGGCGCGGCCAGUUCUGCGACCAGCACUACGGCGUGUGUCGGGACCACGUGACGGAGGGACACGAGUGUCGUCGGGACGCCAUGUGUGAGGGCGGAUACGCCUGCAUGUUCGGCCUGUGCCAAAAGCGCAUCAAGCGUGGGCGUGAGGGCGCCAGGUGCCGCAAGGAGCGGGAUUGUGGAGCAGGGAUGUGCUGCGCCCGUCGCCAUGGAGAGCAGGUGUGUCAGCGGCGUGUGCCGUUGGGCCACAAGUGCUACGUCCCUGAGGGCGGCCUCGACUACUCCAUGAACCAGCUUUGUCCGUGCGAGAGCGGCCUUGAGAAAUUUUAUUUCGGAUCCACAGCGGAUAGGGACGGGGAAUCAGGACAGGUGGGAGGAUUAUGUGUCCAGGGGGCGGGUGGAUCAGGUUCUAGGCGUCGUCACGUGAUCAGUCCUCAUAUAUAUGAGAGCGGAGAUUCUGAUCAGGUCAGUACUAGACGUACAGGUGACACAUACUCAACUCACUCUCAAGUGCACACUCCUCUUCCUUGA